CGCGUUAUAAGAAAACAAAAGGAACCCCAGAGAGAGAGAGAGAGAGAGAGAGUGUGUGAAUUAAGAGGGAACAAACCCCAUGAAUGCAUCGGCCUCGCCCUCCUCGUCGCGCUUCCUCCUCUUCGUCUCCUUCUUCGUCGUCGUCGUCCUCUUCGUCGCGCUCCCGGUGACCUCGAUCUCGGCUCCAAUGGCGGACGAGCACGCGAAGCUUCCCCCGGAGGAGGCGGAGGCGGAGGUGGAGGAGGCGAAGGUGCAGAUCGUGUACGUGGAUCGCCCCGAGGGCGCGGAUCCCGAGGAGUUCCACAUCCGCACCCUCGGCGCCGUCCUCGGCAGUGAGGAGGCUGCGAAGGAGGCUGUGAUCUACCACUACACGCACGCGGCGAGCGGCUUCUCCGCGAAGCUCACUCCGAAGCAGGUCGAGGAAUUGCAGAGUAAGUUUCAAUUUUUUUUUUUUUUUGUUUUCCUUUUUAUUUUCAUUUCUUAUUUUUGUUUGAUCUUAUUUUAUUUUUAUUAAGUUUUUUUUGGUUUUGCAUGAAUAGGGUUGGAUUUAAUGCGUAUAGUCGAUAAAUUGUUUGGUUUUGAUGAUGGUAACGUAAUUUUGUAAUUUUAGGAAGUAUUUGCCUGAUAAAAAGGAUAGUUUCUACUAUUUAAAGCAUUUUAUAUUUUACUGUCAUGUGAUUUUAUUUUUGUUUUGUUAUAAGAAUCUAUUGUUGAACAGAAUAACAAAGUAAAAAAUUUUAUAAGCCACAAGAUGGUAAAAUAUAAUAUUUUACUAUUCUAUAAUUUCGUACUUUACUGUCUCGUGGCUUGUAAAAUAUAUCAUUUGUAAUCCUUAACGGCACAUUCUUAUAGUAAAACAAAAAUACGGCACAUUCUUAUGGUGAAUAAAAAAUAAACUGUAGGAUGACAAAGUAUAACUUUUUAAAUGAAAGAAUGACAAGCUCAAAAUCUGGUAAAUCAGAUGAAGCCAAAUUGGAGUUUAUGCAUGCGGUAAGAUAUAUUGGAUUGGUGCUGGCAAAUGGGAUGUGGAAUGUGAAAUACUAAGCAUUUUUCCUUUUUGUUUUUUCUUUACAGUCAUUCAAAUUCUUUUAUUAGUUUUUGACUAAAGUAGAAAUUUUAGAUGUGAGCGUACAGAUUUUGUUGUUGUUUGCUUAAUUGGUUGCUGCUUCUCACAGUAAAGAAACUAAUUUUCUAUUUGAAAUACUUACUGGGUUUUUUUCACAUGAAUUAUUCUUGCAAAUUUGCGAUAAAUGUGCAAUACUUUCAUGUAAAGUUUGUAUUAGAAUUUUUGUGUUAUAAGUAGUUGCCUUAGAAAAAAGGAUAGUUUUUACUAUUUAACGCAUUUUAUAAUUUACUCUUCGGUAACUUUUUUGUUGUUUUGUUAUAAAAAUCCAUCGGUGAACACAAAUAAAAAAAUUGUAUAAGCCACGGGAUGGUAAAAUAUAAUAUUUUACUAUUCUAUAAUUUCGCACUUUACUGUCUCGUGGCUUGUAAAAUAUAUUGUUUUGUUAUCCUUAGCGGCACAUUCUUAUGAUAAAAUAAAAAUGCGACACAUUCUUAUGGUGAAUAAAAGAUAAACUGUAGGAUAAUAGAGUGUAACUUUGUAAAUCAGAGAAUGACAAGCUAAAAAUGCGGUAAAUCAAAUAGGAGCCAAAUUGGAGUUUAUGCAUGCAGUAAGAUAUAUUGGAUUGGUGCUGGCAAAUGGGAUGUGGAAUGUGAAAUACUAAGCAUUUUUCCUUUUUGUUUUUUCUUUACAGUCAUUCAAAUUCUUUUAUUAGUUUUUGACUAAAGUAGAAAUUUUAGAUGUGAGCGUACAGAUUUUGUUGUUGUUUGCUUAAUUGGUUGCUGCUUCUCACAGUAAAGAAACUAAUUUUCUAUUUGAAAUACUUACUGGGUUUUUUUCACAUGAAUUAUUCUUGCAAAUUUGCGAUAAAUGUGCAAUACUUUCAUGUAAAGUUUGUAUUAGAAUUUUUGUGUUAUAAGUAGUUGCCUUAGAAAAAAGGAUAGUUUUUACUAUUUAACGCAUUUUAUAAUUUACUCUUCGGUAACUUUUUUGUUGUUUUGUUAUAAAAAUCCAUCGGUGAACACAAAUAAAAAAAUUGUAUAAGCCACGGGAUGGUAAAAUAUAAUAUUUUACUAUUCUAUAAUUUCGCACUUUACUGUCUCGUGGCUUGUAAAAUAUAUUGUUUUGUUAUCCUUAGCGGCACAUUCUUAUGAUAAAAUAAAAAUGCGACACAUUCUUAUGGUGAAUAAAAGAUAAACUGUAGGAUAAUAGAGUGUAACUUUGUAAAUCAGAGAAUGACAAGCUAAAAAUGCGGUAAAUCAAAUAGGAGCCAAAUUGGAGUUUAUGCAUGCAGUAAGAUAUAUUGGAUUGGUGCUGGCAAAUGGGAUGUGGAAUGUGAAAUACUAAGCAUUUU